AUGUCCAACCUCUUCUCGGGAAUAAACGCCCGCUUCCGUGGCGGGUCCAGCAAACCCCCCGGCCAGCAAAAGAGCCCGUCUCCGUCGACGGCCGGCCCGCCAGCAGCGCCUUCGCCCGACAAUCUCUCACAGGCCAGCCAGUCCUCCACAAACCUCGCUCCCAAGGUCCCGCCGCUGCCAAACUCCCCGUCGCUCGCCCAGACCAUCGGCAUGGACGAGUCUAGCGGCGUCAUGUCGAGUGGCGACGACAUCAUCAACUCGUACCACCUCCCUCGACCCCUCCCCCUCUGGGUCAACGGACAGUAUAUCAAGCACAUUGUCAAGGGCAACUUUAUGACCCUCAGCGCCCGGCCAAAGACGGUUGAGCAGGGCGAGUGGAUCGCGCAUCAGAUCGUCGAACAUUACCGCAAUCUCUGGAACUUUGUCCGCGUCGUCCAUGAAAAGGAGGACAAUGGGACGUCCAUCUGCAAUGCCACGAGUUGCCCGCGCAUGUCGGCAGGGGGCAACCACUCCUUCACUUGGCUCAACAAGGACAGGGAGCCCGUCGAGCUGCCUGCUUACGAGUACAUGACGCUGAUGCAGCGGUGGAUCUCGGGCAAGAUUGACGACACCAACAUCUUCCCGACCGAUGCCACUGGAGUGUCUUAUGCCCACAAUCCGGCCAUCACGACGACGCCCCUUUCCCAGCUGUCGAACCCCGGUGACCCAGAGUGGAUCGGCAAGCGGUCCGGCUUCCCUGAGAAGUUCAUCGAUGUGUGCCAGAUGAUCUUUCGCCAGAUGUUCCGCGUCUACGCUCACCUUUACUGGGCCCAUUUCACGGAGCCCUUCUACCACCUCAACCUCGAGAAGCAACUCAACAGCUGCUUCUCCCACUUCGUGCUGACCGCCACCGCGCUCGACAUGCUCAGGGCGCAGGAGCUUGAGCCCAUGCAGCCCCUCCUCGACAUCUGGGCAGCCAAUGGCACGUUUCCGCCCGAGUCCAAGGCCUACGAAUACGCCAAUCUGCGCGCCGGCGAGCGACUGCUUGAGAUGGCUGGAGUCGACCUGGAGAGCCGGUAA